CCAGAGCAGAUCACGAGCCUGAUGAUCUCACUGUGCUGGUGCACGUGAAACAGGAAACAGAAGCCAGGCAAAUGCCAUUUGCUAUCUCAGCAACAACACAAAUUGCAAAAAAAAUAACGGAGAAGGACAAAUUCACUGUGCAGACAGACUCCAGGUUAAGCUGUCACAGUAAUAAACAAGGAUGACCGUGGCAGCCAGCACCUGGGCAUUUGGCCCUAAUGGUCCUCCACUAGGGCGGAAAGGCGCACGACCACAGUGAAGUCUACGUCAUCGAACCCGUUGGUUCCCACUCUGUUCUGGUAGGGAUCCUGGGAUCUGACAUCAGGAAUCUGGUCAGGAAUUGCUAUCCAUUGCUACAAAACGAAACCGCUUCCGAGCUGGUUUCAAACACGUCUCCCCACACACUUACAAGAUAAACCUUUGCUGUGCAGCUGGUUUGAAUUCAGAUCAGGAAGGAUUUUACCAACGGGGAGGCAUGGUGUUCUGCCGCUUGAAGUGGUUUACAGGCUUUGGCAGUAGGGCUGUCCUCUCAAAAGCUUCAAGGAGCAGUAACAGAAGCACCUCUUUGAUAUGGAGAUGCUGCUAUCACAGGACUCCAGGAAGUUUCCUAGAUCCUGAGAUGAGAGCGUUUCUGGAGGAGAACACUGAAAUCAGUAACAGCGGGCACCUCACACCAGAGAUACGACUGCGACUUCUGACACCUCGCUGCAGAUUCUGGCAGGAAAGAGCUGACUUGUGGCCCUAUGGCGACCCCUUCUGGGCAAUCUACUGGCCAGGAGGCCAGGCCCUGUCCAGGUAUAUCUUAGAUAACCCGGAUGCUGUCAGAAUGGGAUCAGUACUAGAUCUCGGAAGUGGAUGCGGAGCAACAGCAAUCGCUGCUGUGAUGAGUGGUGCAUCACAGGUCCAGGCUAAUGACAUUGACCCCAUUGCAGGAAUGGCCAUGGUAUUAAAUUGUGAGCUGAACAAUGUGAACCCCUUCCCUGUUCUAACUAAGAACAUCAUUGAUACAGAGCUGGACAACUGGGACCUCAUUGUUUUGGGGGAUAUGUUUUAUGAUGAACAACUUGCAAACCGUCUUCAUCACUGGUUGAGGAAAUGCAUCAGGACUCAUGGAACUAAAGUGCUAAUUGGUGACCCUGGGAGGCCUCAGUUCUUAGGCCACUGCAUUCACAGUCAAUUGCACAAAGUGGUCGAAUAUUCACUUCCUGAAUCCACAAGGCAAGAAAACAAUGGAUUAACCUCAAGCAUUGUCUGGAGUUACCAGCCCUGAUCUCUCCGUUUCUCCAAAAGCUGCUAACACUGGAUUUAGAAGAAGUAUGGUCUUUAAAAAAAGAAAUGUGUUCUCUGUUUAUAAAGUAUGAAAAUGGAACAUUGGAAAAUGGGGCAGAUCCUCCGCUGGUGCAAACUAUUGUAGGGCCACUGAAGUCCACCUAGUUACAAUUCACUCCUGCUGAGAAUCUGGCCCAUAGUUUGGAGAAGCCUUACAGGUAUAUUCCACCCUCAGAUGCCCCUCGCCCUGUCCCAUUGAAGCCAAUGGAAGUUAAGCAUGUGUGUUCAAAGGCUGAACAAGAUGUAACCAAAUAAAAUAUCAAAAUAAACCGGGAGAUGAUCAUAGAAAUUCAGUGUAGCAGUGUGCAGCUUAGUGGGUUACCACAGAAUGUUCCUGCUCACUGCUGCACCAUUUGAUAAGAAUCUAGUUUUCAAUGUCUGGUGAAGAUAAGUGUGUUGAACUAUCUGGCUGCUUCACAAAUUUCCUUUGCUAAUUACGAGGCUAUUUUGUCCCAAGAAGUGACAGUUUUAUAGAGCAGCGUGUGCCUGCAGUUCCUCUGGGGGAUUUAAAUCUCCUUCCUGUGUGUAAUUCAGUUAUGCAUAUCCAGGUGGAUAUAGCAUUCUUGUGAGCGUUCUGUCCCCUGCAACUAGGAUGUAUUAAUGAGAAUAAAAAUAGCUUAGGCCAUGGCUACAUUGGCACUUUACAGCGCUGCAACU